CCAGCAAUACGUCACGUCAAGAGCGUGUUGGGAUAAAGAGGCUUCAACUGGGGAUUUAAACUGCUGUCUACUGUCUAGACGACUACAGAGGAAGCGAGGAAUUUAAGGCAUAGUUAUAUAUUCGACCUGUAUUCUUGGACUCUGUACUUGCGCUAGACUAUUAGUGGGCUGUGUUUUAAAAUCGGCUGUUCAUAGACAACCACGGGAAGAGAGGAAGCUAGCGUAGACUGUUAGCUGCGAGAAUCCAGAAGACAAAUCCUUCAAGAGUCACACCCUAAUAUUCACUGUCCUCGCGACUGCGGGUGACUUACAGAUGCCCGGCCCUGCUUUUCUGUCUGGAUCACAGCACUGCGACUGUUUACUGUAGAGAUCUCUAUGCAAAAACUGAUAAGAAUCAUCAAGAAAGUCAUCAGGAGACUAUGAGUUCACCGAUGUACACGUUUGUUUUGAGAGAUGAUAACAGUUCUGUGUAUGCCGAGGUCGCCAAGAUCCUCAUCUCUACUGGGAAAUGGAAACGACUGAAGAAGGACAAUCCUCGGUUUAAUUUAAUGCUGGGAGAGAGAAAUCGGCUGCCUUUUGGACGUUUGGGUCAUGAACCAGGACUGAUGCAGCUGGUGAAUUAUUACAGAGGAGCCGAUAAACUGUGCCGCAAAGCUUCACUGGUCAAGAUUAUCAAGACCAGUCCAGAGUUAAAGGACUCCUGUAACUGGUUCCCUGAGUCUUACAUCAUAUACCCAACCAACCUCAACACCCCAGUGGCCCCGGCCACCAAUGGCAUCGGUCACAUGAAGAGCAACCCAAAGACAGAUGAGCGGGAGGUCUUCUUGGCUUCUUAUAACUCCAGAAAGGAAAGCGGAGAGGGAACGGUGUGGAUCGCCAAAUCUUCAGCAGGUGCUAAAGGUGCAGGUAUAUUGAUAUCUCAUGAUGCAAAUGAGUUGCUCGAGUUCAUCGAUAAUCAAGGCCAAGUGCAUGUCAUUCAGAAGUAUCUGGAAAGACCACUGCUGUUGGAGCCGGGACAUCGCAAAUUUGAUAUAAGGAGUUGGGUGCUUGUAGACCAUCAGUAUAAUAUCUACUUGUACCGCGAGGGAGUGUUGAGGACGUCUUCUGAGCCCUACAACAGCUCAGAUCUGCAGGACAUGACCAGUCACCUGACCAAUCACUGCAUCCAGGAGGAGCAUUCGCAGAACUACGGCCGCUACGAGGAGGGCAACGAGAUGUUCUUCGAUGAGUUCAGACAGUACCUGUUGACCACACACAGCGUUGCCAUGGAAACAUCGGUUUUACCUCAGAUCAAGCAUAUCAUCAGGAGCUGUCUCACAUGCAUCGAGCCAGCCAUCAGUACGAAGCACCUGUCCUACCAGAGCUUCCAGCUCUUCGGCUUCGACUUCAUGCUGGACGAAAGCUUUAAAGUCUGGCUAAUUGAGAUCAACGGGGCACCUGCCUGUGCACAGAAACUCUACCCUGAGCUGUGUCAAGGCAUCGUGGAUGUGGCCAUCUCCACGGUGUUCUCCCUGAGUGCAGAUGCCCUCUCGUCAUCUCCUCCGUUCUCCACGUCUCCAUCUCUGUCCUCUAACUCCUGCUCCUCACCCAAGAUCAGAGCGCCCCAUCACUUCGGCCCAUUCAUCAAACUAUAAACUGCUGAUGUUGCCAUCUAGCCCCCUCCCCAUAGUCCUGCCCAAAAACAUCAACCAAUAUAGGAAGCAUAAGGGUCUACACCUGACCUUGGGGAUGAGUAUACAGUGGAUCCAUCACUGUCUGAAGAGGACAGAAGGGAAAUGAGGUCACCUCUGUAAACUCCUCUUCCUGUUUCCAUCCAUCAUCUCUAAAUCCACAAGAGUCCAGAAAAAGAGAGAGAGUUUCCAAAAGAAUGACUGGAAGGUGAGGAAAAUCCUGCAUAUACUGGUGUUGCAGUAGCAGGAAAUGUGAUUUUAUUUUAAGACAACAGUUGUUUGGGGCUUAAGCAUGAAUUUGCAAGCACACAUUUGAACGAGGAAGAGGGUUAACAGUAGCUACUUUCCCCAUAGAUCUAUUGCAUCAACAAGACUCCUCAGGACUUUUCCAGGCACCUUGAUGAAACUGAGAACAGAUUUGAGACUUCAGUGCCUUACAUAUUCACCUUGUCACUAACACUAACUCCUAACAAGCUAAUCUGGCUUUUUGUAUGUCUGUAUAUGUCCCAUCAACUCUAUUAUCGAUCAGAUUGUUCUUUGUUUUGUGCUGUUAGCUUCAGUGUGAACUAAAUCAUUUUAAAACCACAAAUGAAUCUUUCUCAUAUGCAUAUUAUGUAUGAUUUGCAGUGUAGUAGUUUACAUGGUUGUGAUGUCUACAGAACAGUAUUUGGUAGAAGUAGCAGAAGAUAACAUGUUUGCAUAUUUAAAAAAGGUUUUGCAUCAUCUUGUUGCUGUUCUGUCCAGUGAGACCAUGUGUAGUCUUCCCGCUGUUCUCUUGCUGUUAAUACAGACACAUUUUAGGUCUGGUUCAUAAUUACUUUGUGACAGGCAAUCAAGAACAUCUGGGAAUUGGGGACGCACUUCUUUCUGAUUGUAUUGUCGGGAGACAAUAACAUGAGCAUUCACUACUCAUCGCUUACUAUCCAGUAGACAAAAUAUAUAUUGAAACAGUUAUUUAAUUAAUUCCCAGAUGUGUCAAGAAUUGAAUUAUUUCUGAAAGAAGUAAAACCUUUGGUGGACUGGACUGUUGCAUGUCGAAGCAUGAUAAAAGCAAAGCUCUUUAUGCAGACCAAGAGAAAGGUAGUUUUUUUUGUUGUUGUUGCUAAGAUGAAUGCAUCACUUUAUUUUCAUUCAUUUUAGAUUUAUUUGCAAAGAUUUGUCUUGAUUUUUUUAGCACCCAAUAUGGGAAUGGGAAUGGCUUUGUGAGUCACUGAAUAUAAUUUCUCCAUCAUCUUCGUGUGCAUGCAGAUAUGGCCGAGUUCCUUUGGUUCAUUGACGGCGAGCUCUGAAUGCUUGACCUGUACACUGUUAGGAGGACUGUGAUGCAAAAGACACACAGAUGUACGUAGAAGAAGAAAGCAGCAUUUAGGUGAUAUUAACUGUGUGGUAAUCAGACAUAAGUAUUGUUGUUUUGGGGGAAAUGAAGGAGUUUGGAUGGAGGAAUGAAGGAAGCAGUAUUAAACAAGUAUUGAAGGAAAGGUCUGCCUAUAUGAAAUAAAAUGAGAGGCUCAACAACAAUAUAAGAAUAAGAGGAGAUCAGUUAUCUAGUUUUAUUAUGUAUCUUUGCAUUACUUUUAUAAGGUUUGUCAUAUUUUUACACAGACUUUGCUGUACAGUCCUUGCAUUGGCUCUUUUGUAAAAAAGAGAAAACUGAAGACAGUUGUAUGUAGCUUGAAUAAGGGAAAACAUGUCCAUCUAGCCAAAGAUGAGUGUGAUUAAAUAUCCUCACUGCUGUCUUGUGACUGGUUUAAGUUGUGAAACGUGGGAAUGCUGUUUUAAUCAUGUUUUUCUCUGUACCCGUCUGAAGAAAUAUCAAUGCAAUGUAUGUUAUUAGUAGUCUAGUUUGCUGUAUGUUACUGUUGUUUUGACCAUUUGAAAAUAACAAAAUACACUAUGUUGAAUAGUAAAAGCCUAAAAGUAUUGACAUUUUUCAAAUAAAAGCAUCCAUCAUGUGCAAUA